AUGGCAGAGAGAGACGAGAUUUCUUCCCUAGACCGGUCCACCUCAUUUCGAGAACUCGCCUUCGUCCGGUUCAGCUAUUACACUCUAGAUGAUUACUUAGAGAGCAUCGGCGAUAGGGCGGCAAAGAUUCGGCAAAUUGAAAAAGAAACAAGACCCGUCCACGCGAUAUCGAUUUCAAACCCCGAUCCCGAUUCCGGACCGAUGUUUGGGUUGAUGUACAGCCCUAGUGGUCCUAGUGGGGAGCGGCAGGCGUAG